AGUUGUGUGAAGAUGAUUCUGUUUUGGGUCAUGCUACAUGUUCUUCUUCAUCAAGGAAAUGCCUUGGUUCCAGUGGUCACAGUUCAUCUGGGCAAACCUGUGACUUUAACAUGUCAUGUAACUAUGGAAAAACACAGCAAUGACUGGCUUCACUGGUACAAGCAGACUGCAGGAGAUACUGUUAAAUUGAUUGUAAUGCUACGUAAGAAUACAAGCCCUGUUUAUGGACCUGGAUUUUCAUCCUCAAGUUUCAAAAUACCUGACGACGAAAUGGAUAAUCUGACAAUCGUAAAGACUGUAAGAGAAGAUGAGGGAAUGUAUCACUGUGCUGUUAUCGGCUGGGUUGAUUCUAAAUGGAAUGCAACAUAUUUACUUAUAGAAGGAAUCACUGAGACAACUUCAAGCUACCGUGUUGUUCAGCAGCCAGCUGUUCUAGAUCCAUCCCGUACAGCAGACUCAGAUACUCUGCAGUGUUCUCUCCUUUCUCAGCCUGAGGAAGAGAGGUGUUCAGGAGAACCCAGAGUGUUCUGGUUAAGAGCCAAAACGGAUAAGUCUGUUCCAGAUCUCAUCUACACCGAUGGAAAAACACAGUGUGAGAAGCCAUCAAACACCGAGAAGAGGUGUAGUUAUAACUUCUCUAGGAUGGUUUCCCCUUCUGAUGUUGGGACUUAUUACUGUGCAGUGGCCACAUGUGGAGAGAUAUUACUUGGAAACGGAACCACAGUUAAAAUUGCCCAUUCAUUAAGCAACGUUAUAGUGUUGGCGGUAACUGUGAUCUGCUUGGUCAUCUCUGUGGUUGUAAAUAUUCUAUUAAUCUGUUGCCGAGCUCAAAGGACAUCACACAAAAAAAGAGAAAGCUCCUUUUCACGACCACAACAUAACACAAAUCAACCAGAUGAUCUUACAGAAGAUGGAGAGCAUAUGACCUAUGCUGCCUUACAUUUCUCUACAGGGACGGUGAACAGGAGAGAGUUGAAGACUGAAGAAAGUGUGUAUUCAAAUGUCAGAUUCAGUCAAUUUGAAUAUACAUCCUGAUGAAGCUCAUUUGUCUGAUUAAGUCUACCGUUAAAAAACAGCAACCUUUAACAUGUUAUUAAAUACAUAUUUUAUUAAGUACAAAUAUCUUUGAUCAAAAUGAUUUUAUUGGUCUGUCAAAUAAUCUGUAUAAUUUGUUUUGCUUAGUGAAUUGACCAAAUAUAAUAAAUAUCCUUUUCAACAUUUUAAUUUAUUAUUUUUUUUUUUUGUACUAUUAGCUCAUAUAUACCACCCACAU